GAGUCCGCCUCCCUCAUACUCAACGUUUUUUUUACAUCUCUUUUUGGAAUUUCAUCAUGGAUAUCCCCAUCCAGUACCCCUGGUACCGCCGGGCCUUUCCACUUCGACUCUCUGACUUCCCCUCGGCUGAACCUCUCACUGAUUGGCCACUAAUCUGGCCCUUCCCCUGGUCCUUCCCCUGGAUACGCCCUUCAUUCCUGCGCUGGUUCAACUGGCCUGACAAUGGACACAGCGAGAUGCGCACUGAAAAGGACCGCUAUGUCAUUUAUCUGGAUGUGAAGAAUUUCUCACCUGAAGAGCUGUCUGUUAAUGUCAGUGACGAGUUCAUCACUAUACACGGCAAACAUGAGGGCAGACAGGAUGACCACGGCUUUGUGUCGAGAGAGUUUCUGAGGAAGUACAGGCUUCCUGCUGGCGUGUCAGGUGCUGAAGUCACCUCCAGUCUGUCGUUUGAUGGUAUCCUUACAAUCACUGCACCUCGGUCAUCUCCCGGCUCAGAUCGCCCUAUCCCUGUUUCCUGUGAAGAUGGAACACCAAAACAGAAAAUGUAGAGCAGAAUCUGAUGCUCCUCACACUGUUCCACCACUAACUAAUUCAGUGCUGCCUGUUUUUAUGUUUAACCUGUUACGGUUUUAUUGGCAGUUUAGUACACAAAUACAGUAGGCGGGGCAUACAGGUGUAGAUGUCUUAAGUGCCUUCUAAUACACUAAUUCCUAACAUGCUGUUAUUCUGAUGUCUCUGCAGGACAAUGGUGCUUUAAAAGCAAAACAUUGAGCUUAUGUUACAGAGUCAAUUUGACAAAGUUUUAUCAACACAGUGGGGUGAAGCGCAGGAUAAAGAACUUCAGAGUUAAAUUCUCUAUUGCAAGCCUACAGAAUCUUCUUUAAAUUCACACCUCUGUGUAUGUAAAUGAAACAUUAAGGGUUUUUAAUCAUAUUUUGGAAGGAAUUUGCUUUAUCAGGCGACUUAUAUAAUGUCUGUUGUGCCUUUCAGUGACAAUAUUGUAAGCAUUGACCCAAACCAGCUUUCAGAACUUUUUAGUUUUACAGGGAAAUUCUAAAAAGUCGAAAUGAAAGGACUUUCCCGCCUAAUAUGAUAAAAGACUGAAAUUGAUGAAACUUAACUGUAUUUGGGUAUGAAUAAGAUGCCACUGUGCCUUGUUUAUUCUUUUAGAAUAGUGUUGGUUUCUGUCUGUGUGAGGAGGGGGUUCUCUGGAGGCAUAUGCAGUCAUUUUUAGUUUGUUCACUAAAAAUAAAAAGCCACCAAAGGACUUGGGACCAGGUGUGUGUGAAGAAGGAGAGUGAAUGAGCAGGAGGGAGGAACGGAUCUUUGGAGAUGGACAGCUUUUAUCACUGGGCUCCUUUUCGUCUGGGGAGCAUUUGGCCUCUGAGCUGCUAAGGAAAGUGCAUGUGUGUGAGAGUUAAUGUAUGUGAAAUGUCCAUGUGUGCUUGUAGAUUGAAGAGCUACAGCUCAUAUCAUUCCUUCAUAUUGGCAACAACCCUCUGGCAUAUUAACAAUGAAAAUGGCAAAUAGAAUAAAUGUUGAAACCAAAA